AUGGAAGCACAGACAAACUCACUAGGACCGACUCAGCCUGUACCCUCGUUUGUCGCUUCAGAGUCAGCACGUUCGCAGACCUUGUCAAGAUCGGAUGUAUGCGCCAAAUUCGUUACAACGACCACAGAUGGACGCACAGAAGGCAUGGAUUCUAUGCUUGUUCCUCUAGGCCGGCCUAUAACCAUCGGAAGGAACCCAUCUCUUUGGGUUCAGUCCAGCACCGGAGGAAUCAUUGUAUCGUGCCAGGACUUAUCAACAAACGGACUCAUUUUGAAUGGGCACAAAAUCCGCAAAGCGUCUGUCAUUGUCAUGAAUGGCGAUACCUUCAGAAUACCGGCCUCGCAGACGUUCCAGUGCAUAGUCAAGUGGAAGCAUCUUCAUGAAAAACACGAAAAACACGUGUCACAGCCUUCUCAGUCACAAACACAGUCAUACAAAGACCUUGGUCGAUUCCUCAUCACAUCCCACUGCCUUGGGAGUGGUAGUUAUGCCACUGUACAGCUUGCGCUUGAUACCACAGGACAUCAACAAGCUGCCUGCAAGAUUAUCAGGCGCAAAGAAGGUAGUGACCUCAAAAAGGAGAUGAAAGAGGCAACUUUGCUCAUGAACCUGUACCAUCCCAAUAUUAACAGAGUAUAUGCUGUUGAUAUGGAUCCGGAAUUCUUAUAUAUCAUGCUUGAACUCUGUACCGGCGGCGACCUUUUCACGUACAUCACAACGCACUCAAGACAUCGAUUGUGCGAAGGGGAGGCAAAGUACAUCAUGUACCAACUACUCAAGGGCUUGAAGUACCUACACGAUCGGAUGAUCUCGCACAGAGCAGACCUUAAGCCAGAAAAUAUCCUUCUUUUCUCACCUGGACCAUACCCGCGCAUUCAGAUCGCCGACUUCGGUCUUGCACGUCCAAAAGCUUACCAAGAAACCUUGCAUGUUUGUGGAACCAUCUCCUAUCUCCCACCAGAGGGUGUUCUGGCGCUCGACCACAAGCAUCUCGGCUAUGUUGGCAUGCCAUCUGACUGCUGGAGCGCAGGCGUGACGCUUUUUGCGAUGUUGACGUGCGUAGUUCUGCAAUUUUGUCACGGGCAAUCACGUUCAGAGUUAAUGCUCGGACUGUUGAAGCGGAAGCCAUCCAUUCGACUUUGCUAG